CUGUCUUCAGCUUUCAGAGCUGCACAAAGACAAGGCGAAACUGAAAGCUUCUAGAGGCAUCGAUGUUGUGAUCCAGAGGAAUAAUGGCAUCUCGUGAAUAUGUGACACCCAGUAACUAUGAGCUGGAGAAGCUGCUAUCACGCGGCACUGUAGCGUACACACACGUCAACGAAGUGUGGCCCAACAUCUUCAUAGGAGAUGAGCAGACAGCACGGGACCGUUAUAGCUUACAGAAACUUGGUGUGACUCAUGUUCUAAAUGCUGCUGAGGGUGAGAGGAACAGUGUGUGUACUGGAGCUGGUUACUAUAGCAACAUGGACAUAGAGUACUACGGCAUUAAGGCAGAAGACAUUCCUUCAUUCAACAUCAGUGUGCACUUCUUCACUUCUGCUGAGUAUAUGAGACACGUCCUGAGCAACUCCCAAAACAAGCUGCUCGUACACUGUGUAAUGGGACGGAGCCGCUCAGCCACACUGGUCCUCGCCUACCUAAUGAUUGAGAAGAAGAUGCUGCUCGUGGAGGCCAUUGAGCAGGUGAAGCGCCGCAGACAGAUCAUCCCUAACUGGGGCUUCCUGAAGCAGUUGAGGGAACUCGACACCUUCCUUCUAGAACAGAGGAGUGAACACACACACACAGAGACUGCAGAGAGCACUGAGAGGACUCGCCCCUAACACUCAGUUAUUAAUGGAGCAACAAAUGCACUACAUAAAGACCUGAAUGUGGGGUGUUUAUCACACUACACACAAUAUACUCCAUGUGUUUAUACACUCUAC